CCGAGGGAUUUGUUGUUGACUGCUAUCUCGCAGGCGGUGCAGCCUUGGCUUUCCGUCGAGUCUCUUUUGCGUUGCAUCUCUUUAACUGUGUUUCUAUCUGUAUGGCGUCUCUGUGUGUGUGAGUGUGUGCGUGUGUCUGUCUGUCUGUGUGUCUGUGUAAAAGAAAAGAUCAUCAGUUAAACAGGAACUCGAAAUGCGGAGUUGUUUGUGGUUUUGCCGACCCGUGUCCCACGUCCAUGGGACUGGAGAAGCUUCAGUGCCGCCGACACAAUUUUUAAAAAAAAACACAACCCAAUGGUUCACGACCUAAAGCUCAAAAAGACUACAGAAAGAGCUGAUGGCUUUGCAAAAUGAUCCACCCCCAGGAAUGACUUUAAAUGAAAAGAGUGUGCAAAAUUCAAUUACACAGUGGAUUGUAGAUAUGGAAGGAGCUCCUGGCACACUAUAUGAAGGGGAAAAAUUUCAGCUACUCUUCAAGUUCAGCGGUCGUUACCCUUUUGAUUCACCUCAGGUUAUGUUCACUGGUGAUAAUGUUCCUGUUCAUCCUCACGUUUACAGCAAUGGACACAUCUGUUUAUCCAUCCUGACAGAAGACUGGUCUCCAGCUCUUUCUGUGCAAUCAGUCUGUCUUAGCAUCAUCAGCAUGCUUUCCAGUUGCAAAGAAAAGAGGCGGCCUCCUGAUAAUUCAUUUUAUGUAAGGACGUGUAAUAAGAAUCCAAAGAAAACAAAAUGGUGGUACCAUGACACCCUUCAUUAUACCACUGGGUUUCGGCGCCGUUGGGAAGAAAAUGUGAAAAUGAUACAUGUUGAUGCUUCAGAUUCUUGAUUCUAGUAGAGGAAAAAAUACUACUGAGUCCAAAAGCACUUUGAACAGUCAAUCUUUGAACUUUGAACUUUAAUGGAGAAUGGCCUGCAGGCACUGAAGACUACUUCCUAUACUGCAUUUCUACUAGUGUACAUCUGGGCGCAUGCUGAUAGCUGGUUAAGUCCUUGCAAUUGGCCCAAUUUGGUUUAUUAGCCAGUAUUAAUGCAGCAUUUAGGAAUAUGUUGUAGUUUCACCUAGAUAACCAUCUUUUAUUAUUUGUUUACUGUGAGGAUAUACCUUGUGAGAAGGUUUGAAGCCCUCCUAUGUUGUGCAAUAAAUAAACAUUGAUGCAUGCGUGGAGAUUUAAAAAACGGAAAUCUAUGUGCAAUAAUAGCAAAGGGAUCCAUUUUUAAUCAACAUUCUCAAAUUUAUUGUACUAAAUUUAGUGCGCUAUGGUAAUAUGGCAGGGUAUGAAAAAGCUUAUGGCAUAUUUUUGCCAUGCCCUUCACAGCAACAAAUUGCGUUUAAUGAAGCAUUCCAAAAAUAAAGGAAAAUUUAGAAUAUUAAUUGCCUCAUUAGAAAAGGUGUUCAAUUAAUUUUAGUUAAGUUGAACCAAAUGGCCUUUAGAAUGACUUUUGUGUAUUUGCCAGGGUCAUUGACUAGCCUUCAGUGUGGGCCCUUUAGUAUCCCUUUCUCUCCCCAAAAUGCAGUUUUAAACUGGAACACAAACCAUAAUGUAUUGCUUCCCAUUAACUUUUGUUUUUCCAAUGUCACUUUUUUGUUGUCAUACUUGAAGAAGCUUCUAAUAUGAAAUAUAUUUUGAAUGAAAGGCUGUUUCGUCAUAUUGUUUUGUAAAUUAUUUUCAUUUCACCUGUAGAUGGUAUCUUGUCUUUAAUUCUUUACUAUAUAAAAAGCCUGAUACAUUUUGAAGGA